AUGUCUGAAGUGAAAGACCCCAAGAUAAAGCUUUUUGGCCAAACUAUUGGGCCGCCGGAAAAUUCGGCAGCGGCGGCGGCGGCGGAUGAGGGCGGCGAGCCUGGCUCGUCUUGGUCCUGUGAGCCUGCUGUAGGGGAUAGCCCGAACCAAGAUCCACCCUGUUCGUCUGAUUCUAUGGUUGAAGAUAGCAUUUUUAUGAGUGGAGAUGCAGAGGAGCAAGAAUCAGUCAAGACCCCAUCAAGUCCGGAGAAGCUCGAUGAUGUAUCUCCAAACGGGCCGAAGCCCGUCGAAGCCCAGCCCGAGACAACUGGCGGGCCGAGCGAGACAACCUUAAAGAAGCCUGACAAGAUCCUCCCUUGCCCUCGAUGCAACAGCAUGGACACGAAAUUCUGCUACUUCAACAACUACAACGUGAACCAGCCGCGCCACUUCUGCAAGAAUUGCCAGCGGUAUUGGACAGCUGGCGGCUCCAUGAGAAACGUCCCAGUUGGCGCGGGCCGCCGCAAGAACAAAAGCUCCGCCGCAGCCCAAUUACACCAACGCCCGGGCCCAAAUGGCGCCGUCCUCGCAUUCGGGGGCCCGGCCCAUGACCCGAACCUCGUGGAUGGGCCCGCCCCCGCCCAAUGGGUCUACCACAACCCGUGGGGGCCUGUCGGGUGGGGCCCGGUUCCGUUCUACCCAAACUACCCAAACACCUCGCCCCACCCUUGGGGGUGGAGCGUGCCGUGCGUUGUUGGGCCCGGGAACUCGGGCCCGAUGCUCGGGAAGCACUCGAGGGAGGCGGGGCCCGUGAAGGAGAGUGAUCCGGAGAGGUGCCUGUGGGUCCCGAAGACGUUGAGGAUAGACGACCCGGAAGAGGCGGCCAAGAGCUCGAUUUGGGCCACAUUGGGUAUCGUAAAGAACGAGGCGGGUGGGCCCGAGUCGGGGAAAGGCGGCGGCGGUGGACUUUUUAAGGCUUUCGGGACGGAGUCGAAAGGGGAAGGGAGGGGUCAUGUUCCGGAAACUUCGUGCACCGUGCUGCAAGCGAAUCCGGCGGCCAUGUCGAGGGCAAUGAGCUUCCAUGAAAGCUCCUAA